AUGGCCCGCAAACUACAAUCGCAUGCCGCAGCUCCUCUUUGGUCUCGUUUACCACAUGAGUUGAGAUAUAUGGUCUUCGAAUACUUAUCCAGCGAUGAGUCCAUCAAUGCCGGCGAAACAUCCCAACGUCUUUCCGACUAUGCGGCGAUCUGCAAAGAAUGGCAAAAGUUCUUUGAGAAGGAAACCUUCAGACACCUCAGACUACAUCAAGAUGAUCUCGAAAAUUUCGAGCGCAUAGUACACAGCGACCGGAGAGAUCUAGUGAACCACCUGUGGCUACGUUUGGAGCUUCGAAAUUACGACUGCAAUCAGUGCAAUGAAAGAGAGUCCGAUGCCGAGGAUAGAGAGCACAAUCUCCUGUUAACUUCCGCCAUAUGGAAACUCUUCCGCAUCAUGAGCCCGUGGACUUCAUGCACCAAGCGAGAGGCUCUAUUGACGCUUGAACUUAGCGCACAUUCACCAAGCGACUCAGAACAUCAUUUCAAAGAGCUAGAAGCUCGAAUAGACGACACGGCCUACAGUUCUGGCAUCCGAGGUCGCAAGCUGCAACCACGAGACGAUCCACAGCACCACUGGGUCAGCGCGGGCCGGAUUCUUAACAUUCCCGAAAGCACGAAGGAGAGAGUCACGGGAUCCAUUCAAGGACUUCGAUUUGAUCGUCGCGCAUCCUGCGCCAGAGUAUUGCAAAGUCUGCCAGAAGUCCACGUCGUGGACGUACUAAUGAUCCGCCGACAAUUUUAUCGCGCUUUUUCGGUGAAGGACUGCUUGAUCCCCGUCAUCAAAGCGCUUCCCCAGGUUCGGCAGAUAAAGUACGAGCCAUGGCGUGGUGUAAGCACAGCGCAUCGGGAGAAACGAGAUGAACAGUACAAAGCACUGUUCGAAUUCAUAGGACGAUCCAAUAGAUGCCAAUAUUUGUUCCUAUUUGAGGACUUCAGCGAUAUACUCAACUAUUCGGUCCAUACAACUGCUUCCAGGAACUCAGAGCUGGGGAAGGUAUUGGCGAGAUCGACCCGCGAUUUGAAGUCCAUAAACGUGGCUUUUGCCGUAGAUGCCAUAGAUUUCUUUGACGAGUUCUCCGCCGGCCAAAAGGCGACCCAAGAUUUGCGGUGGAGGAACCUACGGACUAUCGCUCUGACUUCUAAGCUCUUGAACGAGAGAAGCUUUGGGAUGGUAAUCCAUGCUGCAGGCAGGGCCGCUCUUCGAAUGCCUAAACUUCAGUUCAUGGAGCUAUGGCAUGUAGAGCGUGGGAAAGCCUGUGUCUUCCGCUAUGUUAUAAGCGGAGAAGGAUACGCAACUGUACGAGUGGUCAGAAUAUUUGGGCCAGGGUUGCGAUUAAGCACAAGCAUACACGGAGAUAUUUGCAGGUCAGGCAUCACACUGUGGAUGGUGGAAGCAUCAAUCAUCACGGCCACUUCAUUCACCACGUACGCAUGGCAUUUCAAUCUCUAG